CUUUUCCAUUGAGGUUUGUGAGCCCGUUGGCUGUUUUUGUUUAUUUCCUGUUGCUUGCAUCCGAAUCUGAACUCCAUCCGUUGCCAGAUCCCCUGCCAUGAAAUCCUCCUUAUGACUUGACAUGUGUUGGUAAAAUGGCUGCUGAGCUGUUCCCUACCAAAAAACUGCCCACCGUCAGUGCCAGCGCCGUCCAGCAGUUCCAGCAGCAGAACGUCAGCAACAACAACACCAUUCAGGGAUGUAACUGGCAAGGCUUGUAUCCCACAAUCAGAGAAAGAAACUCAGUCAUGUUCAACAACGAGCUGAUGGCCGAUAUUCAUUUUGUGGUGGGACCUCCGGGAGGAACCCAGAGAGUGCCGGGACACAAGUAUGUCCUGGCUGUGGGUAGCUCAGUUUUUCAUGCCAUGUUUUAUGGAGAACUGGCUGAAGAUAAAGAUGAGAUCCGGAUCCCUGAUGUGGAGCCACCCUCAUUCCUGGCCAUGCUGAAGUACAUCUACUGUGAUGAGAUCGACCUCUGCGCAGACACUGUACUGGCCACACUGUACGCCGCCAAAAAGUACAUCGUCCCCCAUUUAGCCCGUGCUUGCGUCAACUUCCUAGAGACCAGCCUGAGCGCCAGAAACGCCUGCGUUCUGCUGUCCCAGAGCUGCCUGUUCGAGGAGCCUGACCUGACGCAGCGAUGCUGGGAGGUGAUUGACGCGCAGGCUGAACUUGCGCUCCGCUCUGAAGGAUUCUGCGACAUUGACACUCAAACGUUAGAAAGCAUCCUACGGCGUGAAACGCUCAACGCUAAAGAGAUGGUGGUUUUCGAAGCGACGUUGAGCUGGGCUGAAGCCGAAUGUCACCGACAGGAACUCCAACCCACAAUCGAAAACAAGCGACUUGUUUUGGGAAAGUCUAUUUAUCUAAUACGAAUCCCUGCGAUGGCGCUUGAUGAUUUUGCUAAUGGCGUCGCUCAGUCAGGAGUGCUAACGCUCAACGAAACAAACGAUAUUUUCUUAUGGUACACAGCAGCCAAAAAACCAGAGCUGAAGUUUGUGUGCAAACCGCGAAAAGGUUUAACGCCGCAAAAGUGCCAUCGUUUUCAAUCGUGCGCUUAUCGUAGCAAUCAGUGGCGCUACCGUGGGCGCUGCGAUAGCAUUCAGUUCGCCGUGGACAAACGUGUGUUUAUUGCUGGAUUUGGUUUGUAUGGCUCUAGCUGCGGUUCAGCGGAGUACCAGGCCAAGAUUGAAUUGAAGCGGCAGGGAGUCACGCUCGGCAUCGCCAUCAUCAAAUAUUUCUCCGACGGCUCUAGCAACACCUUCUCUGUGUUCUUCGAGUAUCCGGUGCAGAUCGAGCCGGACACUUUCUACACUGCCAGCGUCAUUUUGGACGGCAACGAGUUGAGUUAUUUUGGGCAGGAGGGCAUGACGGAGGUGCAGUGUGGUAAGGUGACCUUCCAGUUCCAGUGUUCGUCCGACAGCACCAACGGGACGGGUGUGCAGGGUGGCCAGAUCCCCGAACUCAUAUUUUACGCCUGAGAGAGAACAAAAGUCCUAUUUAGGAUUAUUCAGAAACAAAAAGGUUUCUGUUCCUUAAUGAAGUGCUGCUUUGAUUUUGCACAAAGGCUGCAAAAAGAAUUGUAGAGAUUACCGACAAUCUAUAUAUAGACUGUGUUAGAAGUAGGGUUGUCAAAAGUAUCGAAUUCGGUGCAAAAAUUUAAAAAAUGUCCACUUCCUGCUAGGAUUUGAGUGCAUACUUAAACAUUGGCUGAUCGGCCACUGUGUUCAAAUGCUCAACAUAAAUGACUGUGACUGGCUGUGAAGAUCAUCGGUUCAUCACUGUUCACCGAGUGCAAAUGUUUCUAAAAUUUUAGAACCGAUUGGUAUCGAACUCGAUACUUUUGACAACCCUGGCUAGAAUUGUUAGAAGCGCAAAGGAAAAGAGGAAAAUUUGGUCAUUUUACUCAACCUCAUUUAGUUAUAAACCUGAAGAUGAUUUUAAUUUUUUUAAGUUUAUUCAUGCAGGUCAGUCGAAUUUCAGAAAAAAAAUCUAACUUAAUAAAUUAAAGAUAUAGUUAACCCAAAAUGUUGUUUUUUUAUUAUUUUUUUUAUUUCUUUUUUUUAAUUAAAGGGAUAGUUCACCCAAAAUUUUCUAAAAUUUCGAGUUUCGUUUUUCCGCUGAACACAAAAGAUAUUUUGAAAAUUGUUUAAGCAUUGAAUGAAAUACUAUGUAACCAUAGCCUUUCUUUUUCCUACUAUGGACGUCAGUUACCAGUUUCCAAAAUUCUUUAAAAUAUCUUCUUUCUAGAGCUAGGCCGAUAAACGAUAUUAUAUGGAAUGCUGAUAAAAUGUAUGUCAAUAACAAUGAUGAGCUCUGGACUUUUUUUUUUUAACUCUAUUUUGAUUUAAGAGCCAUUCAGACAGCAGUAAUGUGCAAAAAUGGGAAUCUAAAAGUGUGUUGAUGUUAGAGAUGUAUUGGUCAAAUGUUAUGCCAUUUAAUGGAGCCUCUGAUUUUUAUGGCUUCAGUCAUUGUUGGGAUAUUCUUUUAAAUCUGGAAGCAUUAACAACUGAUAUCUGAAUAUAUAUAGUUUUUGUUUAAUGUGGAAAACAAUUAUUGAGAUUUCAUUUUUUGCAUAUCUCUCAGCCCUACUUCUUUCUAGGGCUGCACGGUUUACCGGUACUAUGGCAGUAUCGUGGCUCCAAAAUACUGGCGGUGCCACUGUAGUUUGUAAACCGUAGCAUCGUCAAUAACGGUCUAUCUACAAUACAUAAUGUUGCAUGUGGAAAAGUCACUAAAAUGCUCACAUGUUUGUGCAACAAUAGACUAUUUUAUUUAAAUAGUCUGUGCAAAGUGUGUAGAAUUGACACAUUUUAUGGUAGCCUAUUGCACGUUUUCUGAUGCUUCAGAUCGAAUCUGAAUCAGUUCAUUUCUGCUACUGCCAAUAUGAUUUAGUAGCAACAACUGCAACAAUUUCGUAAAAAGAGCGACUCUCAAAGUUACAUUUUGAAUUACUUACCUGACAGUAGAUACUGGAAACAUUUAAACAGAAUUUUUGAACACUUCAUAAAGCCUAAUUUGCUUGGAUAAAUGCACAUUUUGUUAUUAAUGCAAAUUUCAUUUGGUAAAAUUUGUGUUUUUAUUUGAAUGUAUUUUUUGUUGGUCAGCUAUUUACAAAAUGAACAAAAAGAAUGAAUACAUUUUAGGUGAAGUGGCGUGCAAAUACUUUUUUUUCAAUAAUAAGGGAAUCAUUCAUUCAAUUCAAGUAGGCCUGUUUCAGUAUAAAUAUCGUAUUUCUGACAAUUUUCUUCAUUUCAUGGAUUUGAGUUAUGAGUUACAGUAUCACAAUGCUACUUGGUAUCACAAUACUUCAGCUGGUAUAGUAUUGUAACAAAUUAAUGGUAUCACAACAACCCUACUUCUUUCUACCACUUUAGUGUAAAUAGUGAGUAAAUGUUUUUUUUGGGUGAACUAUCCCUUUAAGGUCUACAAUAUACGAGUUUAAAAAUUCUAAUUAUUAUUAUUUUUUAUUCAUCAAUGAUGCAUUACGUUGAUUAAAAGUGACAUUAAGAAUAUUUCUAAUGUUUUAUUAUAUUGUAAAUAUACAUAAAUGUGUUGAACUAUUCCUCAUUUCAGUAAAGGAUUCUGUGGAAAAAAGCACUACAAUUAUUUUUAAAAUUUAAUAAAAAAAAAUAAAUGCUUAUUUCUGAAGUAUCAUCUGACAUUAAAUACUGGAGCAAUCAUGCUUUUGUUACAGGAUAAAUUAGUUUAAAAUGCAUUCAAGUAGAAAAAUGACAACUUUUACUGUGUUUUUGAUCAUGUGCUGUACAUGCAGCACAACUCUAUAACAUGAAGUUAAGGAAAUGACCGAAUUUUCAUUUUUUCAUGACUUAUUUAGUGAAGAACCGAGAUCGUGAUGCUCUUAUUGAGUUGGAUGUGUCUGAGCAUUUCUGAAAAUGACUUCAGUAAGAGCGUAUCUGCUAAAAAUAACGUUUCUACACUUUAGGGGUGUGCGAAACUUGUCUGUGACACAAUGUGCAAGUGUGUCAUUCACUUUUCAUAAAACUUAACAAAAUCACAUUUCGAGAGUUAAAAAGCAUCCUAACCCUAUUAGAAUGAAGUAAGAUGUGAUUUUAAUUCAAGUUAUGAAAGCAAAAGAAUAACCCUGUGUGGGUUUGUGUAUUUACAAUAUAUGCUAUACUGAUGUAUCAACUAGAAUAAGUGCCAUUUUCUGAAUAUUACCCUUUAACAUGGGAUAAUAAAUUUAAUACAGUUCAACAAAUAAGAAGUUAAUCUUCGAGGAGUUACAGAUUAUUUAGGUUUAAUUUAUUUAUUUUUUUUGCAUUUUGCCGAUAACAAGAACUUCAAUCAAAGCCAAAACAGAACAUUCUUCUUUAGUGUUCAGUUUCUGAAUGAAUCUGUUUUUGAACGAAUCACUUGAGUCGAGGAUUCAUUGGUCUAUUCAUUGGCUCCUAAUCCUAAUCACUCAUUAAGACAGAGACUUCCUGCCAUCUACUGGCUGUUUUAGUCUCGUGUUUAGUUAUCUACAACAUUGAUUAUACAAAAUAUUGUUUAUUUGUUCAAAAAUGAUGAUAUAAUAUUCAAUAUCGCACACCCCUGCUACACUUCACCAUCACAUACAUCUUCAUAAAGCAGGUUUUUACAAGUCACCGCCAGUUUAGACUAACAAUAGCCAUGCUGUUUCUUGCGCAAAACAUGCUUUAAUAUCUCUAACUCUACUUUGUGAAGUCGCACUCUUGAUUUAUUCUACCUUGUGUGUCGUACCGUAUUGAAACUGUAUUUUACUUAACUCUAAAGUAUUUGUAUAGUUUUUUUACUCAACAUGUGAAGCACAAUUUGUCCUGAAGCGUUUCACUAAAAGUGUAUUUUCUCUACUUAAUAGUCGUGUAAUCUUAUAUUUUAUAACAUUUUGGUGCAACACGAUAAAUGUACAAGGCGUGAAGUUAUGAGGGGUUUUACAGAGAAAAAAUAGACUAGGAGAGAGUUAACUAGUGGUGCUGGACAAAUAUCACUAUUAUGAUUGCUCAAACUUAGGAUUUUAUGAAAGUACUGAGAUGUAUACAAUCCAGCUUAACAUUUUGCCAUAAAAUGGAUUUAAAAAAACUAUAGACAUUAAAGUAAGGUUUAAUUUCUAUAGACAGAAUGUCAAAGAUGGUGGUGUAUAAGUAUAUGUGUGUGUGUAUAUAUAUAUAUAUAUAUAUAUAUAUAUAUAUAUAUAUAUAUAUAUAUAUAUAUAUAUAUAUAUUAGCGAUGCAACGAUUAUAAAUUUAGAUUGUAUGAUUAUAGUCUAAGAAAUAAUCUCGGUUUCACGGUUCUCACGAUUAUUUGCAUUAAUUGAUUUCAAAACUCCACUAGUUUAUAACUAAAAUUAUUUAAAAUUUGGUUUUGUUGUUCGAGCCUAAAUACAAAUUUGUUGCCAUUUUAAAAGUUUAUUUAAUUGACUAAAAAAAAUCUGUGUGUAUUAUUGAUGCAUUUAUUGGGUAAAAUUGCUUUUUACUGAGUGCUUUUUACAGUCAUUCAAUGUGUUUUUGGUCAUUAUCAAUGCAUUGUCACCUUAAUUGAGCGUGUGCAGUAAAUCGAAAGUACUCGAUUGAUCUCGGCUGGUGGAUCAACACUCGCCACAUGAUCGCUCUCAUCUGCGUCAUUUUUUGUAAGUGGGUUUGCAAACCCUGUGUACUUUCCAUUGCUUCUUCCUCAAACUUCAGCCAUUUGCAAUUUCCGCGGUCACAAAAGCCCCGUCAUCUCAACUAGGUGCACCUGAAAGCUUGAACGUGUUGUGUGCGCAUCCCUUUAUUGGAAAUAAUGAACUUGAGUGAGCUUGCCUUAAUUAAUAGCCUCAGUCAGAGUUAGUCCAGUGUGCGUGGUUAUUAGUCUCGGUGUACAAACUAGCGCACAGUUGGCAUAACUUUGUUUAGUUGCUGCAGAUUUGUUCUGUGCAAAAACACAAUGUUGAAAAGCCUUUACGACUAAUUAACCACGACGAAUUAAAUAGCGGUUAAUAGUGAAACCGGUUAAUCGUUGCAUCCCUAAUAUUUAAUAUAGACUUAAGCUGGUUUGAAAUCAUCCAGAGGUAUUGAAUUUUCGUCAUAAACUGUAAAAGUGACAUAUUUAUGAGGUAAACAAGCUGAACCACUACACAAAACACUCCACUUUCUAAUGUGUCAAUUUCAAACCUUAAUUGCACUAUUUUUUCUGUAACACUGUGGCUCAAUUGAGAAUCAUUGACCCUUGUGAUCUUUGUUUUGGUAUUUCAAAUCUGUCAUUCGUGCCUUUUCUGGAUUGGGUUUAAUGGUGUGAAUUACCCAAGCAGUACAUGUACACUUUAUAUUCCUUAGCCAUAAUUUACUGUUUUUUUUAAACAUGCUCUCGUUGUAUCCACAGGAAAUGUACGCGUGUAUGGUUUUCAUUCAUUUGCUAUAUUUUAAUAUACGGCACAAGUGAGGAGGCCUGUUUCUUCUGUACGGUAAAAAAGAUGUGCCUGUGAAAGUGCCAAGACUUUAUUUUGAAUGUGCGAGUGGCUUUUGUGUGACCAUGAAUAAAGCUAACCUUUAACUUCA